AUGAAAUCAGGAAACCUCUCUGAUACUGCAGAAUUUCUCCUCCUGGGACUGUCAGAGGACCCAGGACUGCAACUUAUCCUCUUCUGCCUGUUCCUGUCCAUGUACCUGGUCACUGUGCUUGGCAACCUGCUCAUCAUCAUGGCCAUUAUCUAUGACUCUCACCUCCACACGCCCAUGUACUUCUUCCUCUCCAACCUGUCCUUUGUUGACAUCUGUUUCACCACCACCACGAUCCCAAAGAUGCUGGUGAACAUUCAGACACAGAGCAAAGCCAUCAGCUACACGGGCUGCCUCACCCAAAUCUGCUUUGUCCUGACUUUUGCUGGAUUGGAAAAUGGAAUUCUGAUAAUGAUGGCCUAUGAUCGAUUUGUAGCCAUCUGCCACCCACUGAGGUACAAUGUCAUCAUGAGUCCCAGACUCUGUGGGUUGCUGGUUCUGCUGUCCUUUCUUAUUAGUGUUCUGGAUGCUCUACUCCACACUUUGAUGGCACUACGGCUGUCCUUCUGCACAGACCUGAAAAUCUCCCACUUUUUCUGUGAAUUAGCUCAUAUUCUCAAACUCGCCUGUUCUGAUAUCUUCCUUAAUAACAUCUUUGUGUAUUUAGUGACCAGCUUGUUGGGUGUUGUUCCUCUCUCUGGGAUAAUUUUCUCUUAUAGUCGAAUUGUGUCCUCCAUUAUGAAAAUCCCAUCAGCUGGUGGAAAGUAUAAGGCAUUUUCCACCUGUGGGUCUCACUUAAUAGUUGUUUCCUUGUUCUAUGGGACGGGUUUUGGUGUAUAUCUCAGUUCUGAGGCUACACACUUUUCCAGGAAAAGUGCAAUAGUAUCAGUGAUAUAUACAGUGGUCACCCCUAUGAUGAAUCCAUUUAUCUAUAGUCUGAGGAACAAGGACAUGAUAGGGGCUUUGAGUAAGCUCAUCUCUAGAAUAUCAUCUUUUCAUUGAUACAUCAGCUGCUUUGGGCUUACAUUGCUGGAAUAUGACAGAGAGAAAGAAAUAAUGAGAGAUCCAGGAAACCUAAGCAACCUCUGAAUUUCCCAUACCAGAGAUCAAUUGGUUAAGGGUGAUAAUUUUGGAAUCAGAUCCUCUGAGUCUGAAUCCUCCCUCUGUUAAACCAUCGUUCUGGGUCUUUGGCAAUUUAUUUUAACUCUCUAAGCUCAGUUUUCUCAUCUAUGAAAUUGGCAUAAUUACAGUAGUUUACACGUUGAGAAGAUUUGAGAUACUUCAUUUAUAUCAAUGAUGAUUUGUG